AAAGAACCACCCCCAGACCAGCCGCAAUUCUCCAACCCUAAAUCCCUAAUUCCAGAAUCCCACCUCUUCUGCCGUUUCUCGCUUUCUCCCUCUCUCUAAUUCCCAGCAGCGACGACCCUAGACGGUAGACGGCGAGUCGCUGACCGGCGACCUCUCACAGCGACCGGCGACGCAGCCACUCCGCCCACUCGCCCAACCGGAUUCAGCGACACCGCAGACCAAGAGUCCAAGACGCACCGGCGACGCAGUCAGCUGGCUUCACAGCUAUGGUAGGGUUAUCUGUAGGAGAAAAGAACUUCCUUAAAGGUGGUAUUGCUCAAGAUUUGCGAACAGAUGGUCGGAAACGAUUAGCUUAUCGACUCAUUUAUGUUGAAAUUGGGGUCAUCCCUCAGGCAAGUGGUUCAGCAAGAGUUAAGAUGGGCGCAACUGAUGUCAUUGCCAGUGUCAAGGCUGAACUUGGAAAACCAAAUCCAUCUCACCCCGACAAGGGAAGGGUUUUUAUUUAUGUAGACUGCAGUUCCACAGCAGAGCCAACUUUUGAGGGCAGAGGGGGUGAUGAGUUGUCUGCAGAACUUUCAACAGCUCUUCAGCGAUGUCUGCUUGGUGGAAGAAGUGGGGCAGGGGCUGCAAUUGAUCUUUCAUCUCUCUCAGUUGUGCAAGGAAAAGUUUGUUGGGAUCUAUACAUAGAUGGUCUUGUGGUCAGUGCAGAUGGGAAUAUACUCGAUGCCCUUGGUGCUGCAAUUAAGGCUGCCUUGAGCAAUACAUGUAUUCCAAGGGUCCAAGUAUGUGCAGAUCCUUCGUCUAAUGAACAGCCAGAAGUUGACGUGAGCGAUGAAGAAUUUGUCCAAUUUGACACUAGUGGUGUCCCAGUUAUAGUCACUUUGACAAAGGUUGGAAGGCACUGCAUUGUAGAUGCGACCUCGGAAGAGGAAUCUCAAAUGAGCUCAGCGGUGUCUAUUUCAGUUAACAGGGAAGGUCAUGUGUGCGGGUUGACUAAACGAGGUGGCGCGGGUUUAGAUCCAGCCGACAUACUUGACAUGGUAAAUAAAGCACAGGUUGUGGGCAGUGAGUUAAUAAACGAUUUGGAUUCUAAGAUAGCUGCUGCCGAAGCGUGUGAGGAAGAGGAAUCAUGACAUCAUCGUUCAAGUUUUUAUGGAUAAUUAGAAAGUCACUAACUUAAUUCAAGAUCCCUCUUUUUUGUCAUUGAUUGUAUUCAAAGUGCUCUUUCAUUUUCUCUUUUUUUGGCAAUUGGAGACUGAAUAUGUAUUGUAGGGAGAAGCUUUUCGUAAUCAUCCUUACAUGCUGCAGGUGUAACAAAUCACAUUUUUGUUUUCCUUCUAUCAUAGUAAGAUUUUGUACUUUAAGUUGUCAUUUGGAAAUUUAUUCACAAA